CACCAAUGAAGAGUGCCUUUGGCUUCACCAACCAGUACACCCACCCACCUGGAGCAGGCUUGCGAGCAAAUCCCAGCAUCUUCUUUUACUCCACGCAGCUUCCCAAGACCACAACAGCACCACUACGUCAAUUGGUCCUUGCUACUCAGAUUCACACCAAAAACAUAUCACCACACCAAACACAACCAGCCACGAUGGCCGACGACAAGACCCAAACUCCCGUCCCACCGCCCGCACUUCCAACCUUCACGGCCAGCCCAGCUCCAGCGCCCGUUGGACUAGUGUCUUCUACGGCCGCCGUCGAUAGCAACAAUGACGACGCACAGACAGCUCGAGAGCAGUCCACGAACCCUCCAGAUGUCAAAGAGGAGGCCGACGUGGACAUGGCCGACGUCUCCACAGCGCCGACACACCAGCAGCAGCAGCCUCUCAUCACCACAGAGAAAUCCCCCGCGCCGAGCGCUCCUGCCGCGGCGGCGACCUCGGCGCCGUGCACGAGCACGCCACUGCGACAAGCAAACGGCGUGGACGGCGGCGGCGGCGGCACUUCUUCGCGGGCGGCGUCGCAGCACCCCGAGUCUGGCGCUGGCGGCAGCAGCAGCAGCAGUCACCAGAUGCCCUCGACUCCUGCGGUGCACGGCGCGCCAGUGCGGCAAUACCUGAACCAGAAUGUCACAGGAGUACUGCUGGAGGGCAUGAAGCAAAUCGCGCGCGACCAACCCCAAGAUCCCCUCAGAGUACUGGGGGAAUAUCUUUUGAAGGCCUCUAGAGAGCGUGAGAAGAUGGUGAGCGCAGCAUAGAGAAUUCUAGCGGAAGACGCCGCACGGGUAUACUGGGACGGGUUCGAAGGGCGGAGUUGCCGGGGACAAACCUCCCUUUCGGUCGAAAUUCAAGCAAGCAUGGCAUGGCCUAGCAUAGGAGCGCAUCUUUCCCCCCCCUUUUAUUCUGCGAUUGAUAAAAAGCAUAGGCGUUUGGUCACACAGGGGCAAAAUUCAUCAGCACUUUUCAACAGCCAGCUAUGCGCGCUAGCUGUCAACGGAGCCACAGUUCCAUGACAUUUUAGGGAGAUGAUCUGGACAAGGCGUUCAGCAGAUGCAAUCAUCAAAGUGCUGUUAUUUCGAAUACAACAUAAUCGAAUUUCACUUCAUCCCACGAUAAGGCAAGGUGCACUGCAA